UCCGGCGGCGGGAGAGCGGCGCGGAGGAGGUGCGGAGCGCGUCGGCUUUGGGCGGCUCUCAGAGUGCGACGUUGCGAGACGCUGCGGCGGGGCCUCCGUAGAGAAGGCAGGAGCCUGACAGCUUCCGUCCAGGCCAGCAGCGGUGACAGCCAUCUGGAGUCAUGAGCGACAGCGGCGAGCAGAACUACGGCGAGCGGGUUAAUGUUGAAGAAGGAAAAUGCGGAAGUCGUCAUUUGACAAGUUUUAUAAAUGAGUAUUUGAAGCUCAGGAAUAAGUGAAGCUGAAAUUUGAAAAAAUAAAAGAAAGAAUGCAUGCUAAUUAUCAGACCAGAAGUCCCACUUGUAGAAUAUUGAGCAAUUUGUGUGAAGUGGGGAAGAUGAAAGAAGUCAGAAUUUGAAACGGAAGAAUGAAGAAAAGAAAUAAAAAUGAAGUUAAGAUAAGAAGUAAUCUGGAAUCAGAAAGCACUACGCUAAGUAAUUACUAGUCUGUUUAUGUGUCCCUGUAUAUUUUGCUAAACAUGCAUGCAUUAUUUGUUUAAUAGAAGAAAAUAUAUACAGGGUAAAGAAGUGACUUCCAAGGGAAUCGUUUAAAUUAGGAAUCCCGUUCUGCUUCCAGAAGUGGAAGUGCUCACGGAUCCGGGAAAUCUGCACGGCACACCCCUGCAAGGUCUCGCUCCAAGGAAGAUUCAAGACGUUCUAGAUCAAAGUCACGUUCCAGAUCUGAAUCUAGGUCUAGAUCCAGAAGAAGUUCUAGAAGGCAUUAUACAAGGUCACGAUCGCGAUCCCGCUCCCAUAGACGAUCUCGGAGCAGGUCUUACAGCAGAGAUUAUCGCAGGCGGCACAGCCACAGCCAUUCUCCCAUGUCCACUCGAAGGCGUCAUGUUGGGAAUCGGGCAAAUCCUGACCCCAACUGUUGUCUUGGGGUGUUCGGAUUGAGCUUGUACACCACAGAAAGAGACCUGAGAGAAGUGUUCUCUAAAUACGGCCCCAUUGCUGAUGUGUCUAUUGUGUAUGACCAGCAGUCUAGACGCUCAAGAGGAUUUGCCUUUGUAUAUUUUGAAAAUGUAGAUGAUGCCAAGGAAGCUAAAGAACGUGCCAAUGGAAUGGAGCUUGAUGGACGUCGAAUUAGGGUCGAUUUCUCUAUCACAAAAAGGCCCCAUACCCCAACACCAGGAAUUUACAUGGGGAGACCUACUUAUGGCAGCUCACGCCGCCGCGAUUAUUAUGACAGAGGAUAUGAUCGGGGUUAUGAUGACCGGGACUAUUACAGCAGGUCAUACAGAGGAGGUGGUGGAGGAGGAGGCGGAUGGAGAGCUGCUCAAGACAGGGAUCAAAUUUACAGAAGGCGGUCACCUUCUCCUUACUACAGCCGUGGAGGAUACAGGUCACGUUCCAGAUCGCGAUCAUACUCACCUCGUCGCUAUUAAAGCAUGAAGUUGAAGACUUUCUGAAACCUGCCAUAGAGCUGGGAUAUUGUUUGUGGACAAUAUUUUCUAUUGUCUCCUGUUUAAAAAGUGAACAGUGCCUAGUGAAGUUAGGUGACUUUUACACCUUUUAUGAUGACUACUUUUGGUGGAGUUGAAAUGCUGUUUUCAUUCUGCAUUUGUGUAGUUCGGUGCUUUGUUCAAAGUUAAGUGUUUUCAGAAAAGUAUGUUUUGCAUGUAUUUUUUUACAGUCCAAAUUUUGACUGCUGAGAAGUUUCUAUUGUACAAAACUUCAUUUAAAAGGUUUUUCUACUGAAUCCAGGGUAUUCUGAAGAUCGAAGCCUGUGUGUAAAAUGCUACCAAAUGGCAAAAAGCAACAAUAAACAAGUUUGAUUUUUA